AACCGUUUAACAUUUGACGCGCGGCGACGAGGCGCUGCCAAGUCUGGCAACAAAAUAUACGUUUUAUUAGCAGCCUAAUAUUCUCCACCAUGGUAUCUUAAACCGGUUGAAGAGUUAGCGGAUCCAUGCCUCUAAGGUGACCGGAGUCGGUCCACUCACCGCCGUUAAACCGAGACAGUCCUCCCCGAAAUACAGCCGCCCUGUGUGGACGCUGGAGAGGCUACAAUGAGCUCGGAGCACCAGAGCGACAGCGAGGACGCGGACGAGUCGCGGGACAGGCCCAACAACGGCAGCGACAAAGAGGAAGACCCUGACAUCGACGACUCGGACGUGGAGGAUGACACCCCCCAGACGGGUUCUCCACCCCGGCAGGACCGCAGCGCGGCUGGGUCUCCGGCGUCCCGGGAGCGAGAGCCCUCUUCCAGCAAACCGUCCGACGCCGCGCCGCAGACGGGGAGCGGCGAGGGCUCCAACCGCAGGGGGAACAGCCUCUUUUCAUGGCUGCAGAGCAGGACGAUAAGACGAGGGGUGUUUGUGGAUCCAGCUCGGGACAACUUCAGGACAAUGACUAGCCUGUACUGCUCUAUGAACCCGGCUGUGGAGUCUGUCAACCUGAGUACCCAGACCCAUGGAGCGGUGUUCAACCUGGAGUACUCCCCGGACGGGUAAGGCACAUUUUAGGCCUUUGACCCGGAAUUUGUAACCCCAACUAUUUAUGAGAUUUCUACUAAACCUAAUCUAAAGAAAUUCACUCUCAAAGAUGUAUAGAAAGGGCCUAGAAAGUGCCUAAACCGCAUCCUCUAUAUCAAACCCAUGUACCAUUAAGUUAAAACUCAACAUAAAACAAUAUUUUCAUGACUUUGAGUUUUAUUCAGUAACUCAAGUCAUCUGAAGUUCCUGAAUAUUCCACAACAAACCUGGAAGUCCUCCUAAACCCUGCACAGCCUGCAGAGUUAAUGAGUUCAAGCAGGAUUUAAAGCCUCAGGUGCUCAGACAGCAGAUGUUGGUACUAAAUCCUGAAGCCAAACCAGGUCAGGCUGCAUCCAGUCUGGGUCAAAUGUGUUUAUGUGACACCGCUGACGCAACAGACAGGCAUCCUGUUAGUGAGGAGAAUGUCAGUGAAAACAGACUAGAGAACUGAGCUCAUCUUUUGGCACAGUUUUAUAACCAGAUCCACAUUAAUACAAUUAGUCACUAAAGGGCAACAGGGAGUUGGGGUGGUGUUAAGGACUUGUUCACCCUUAGAUAUCAGAAGUUUUUAGGGAAAAGCAUGUCGUAUUGAGUUUAAUUUGUGAGUUAUCGCUGGAUGACAAACAGCAGACUGAAGAAAAUGUCGUUUUAAGACAUCAGGAUGAGGUUUUUGUCAGAAAAGAUGACUUUCAGAAUCGCCUUUAUUGUCAUUUUACACAGUACAAUGAAAUUUGAGCGCCGCUCCCUUUGGUGCAAAACAAUGUUAAUAAAUAAAUACUCCAAUGAAAGCCAUUUAAAAACACAAAGAUAAGAAAAGUAAAAGGCAGUAAUAUAUACUGGGGCAGGUUCAACUGGACUUGUUGCUGUUGACUGCAGUGAUAGCUCUCGAGAAGACGCUGUCCCUGAGUCUGUUGGUCCUUGUUUUGUGUGACCUGUACCUUUGGCCCGAUGGUAACAGGUCAAACAGGUGAUUUCUGGGGUGGUGGGAGUCCAUACCGAGCUGUGAAGCAGUAUGCCAGGAUGCUCUCUUUAGUGCCCCUGUAGAAGGUCACCAGGAACUUCUCCUCCGGGUUGUUUCUCCUGAGCACUCUCAGGAAGUGGAGAUGCUGCUGGGCCUUCCUCACCACCGCGGAGGUGUUUGCGGUCCAGGAGAGGUCCUCGCUCAUUCACAUGCACAGGGCAGAAAAAAGGAGCUAUCACUUUGUCCGUAGGGAGCGCCAGCAGCAUCGUAAAAUUUGAUUCCAGCAAUACAUUUUCAAAAAACCAACAAACUCCCGGUCUGACUUGGAGGAUAUGAAACUACCCCAUGUUCUGACGGGUAAAAGUGACACUCAAUGGAAAAACACAGCAUCCUUUUUUAAUCCUAUUAGACUUGAGUCAAACCUGAGUCAAAUGUUUGUGUAAUGAACCAUAUUUAACAAACACUAACUCUGUAACAUCAGCAAAGAAAUGUCUUUCGAGGUUUGUUACUAAUUUCACUUCCCUUUCCCAGGUCUGUUCUGACUGUGGCCUGUGAGCAGACAGAGGUCCUCCUGUUUGAUCCCAUCUCAUCCAGACACAUCAAAACCCUGACGGAGGCCCACGAGGACUGUGUCAACAACAUAAGGUGCAUUAAUUUAAUCUGCAGUCCUGCAGGGAGAGUUAACAAAGAGAGUGCAUCUCGAAUAAAGGAGUCAAAGACCGAGGGAAUUAAAGCUGAAGGCUGUUAAGAGUAAAAGAUUCAGCGCUGCAGCCCUUAAAUCAUUUUUAGUGUCGGUCAGAGUGCACUAGAUAAAGCUUCUUUUCACAAAACAAAGUGCAGAGGCCAAUAAAAAAGCACUCUACAGGAUCAAGCUGUUGUCUAGAAUCCUGUCUGCAGGGAAUCACUAGAUGAAAAUGUCUCUUGGUUCUCUUUUUCCCGCAGGUUUUUGGACAAUCGUUUGUUCGCCACCUGCUCUGAUGACACCACUAUUGCAUUAUGGGAUCUCCGUAAGCUGAACUCCAAGGUGUGCUCGCUGCACGGCCACGCCAGCUGGGUGAAAAACAUCGAGUACGACACAAACACGCGUCUCCUCGUCACGUCGGGCUUUGACGGGAACGUCAUUACAUGGGACACUAACAGGUUUGUGCGAGAGCAGUAAAAUGUGGAUGUGAGAGUACAGUGGAAGUUAAAUAAGGAAGUAUUUCUAGAAAGCAUAAGUGUUUACGUCAUUCUUUAUUAGAAGCAGCUCAAUGAAUCACAGUGAAUCAGCACCUCGUUCCUCUCUGUGAAUCAUCCAUUUUUACAAACGUGGAGUAAAUGGACCGUUUGGCUGUAAUUCAACCCUGAUGAAAACUUGUGAAAAUAACUUUCUUUACUUGUUCCUUCUCCGCAGGUUUACAGAAGACGGCUGCCCGCACAAAAAGUUCUUCCACACCCGCUACUUAAUGAGGAUGCGCCUGACCCCGGACUGCUCCAAAAUGCUCAUCUCCACCUCCUCGGGGUACCUGCUCAUCCUUCACGACCUGGACCUCACGCAGUCCCUGGAGGUGGGCAGCUACCGUAUGCUGCGAGCGCGACGGACCUCCCUCAGCUCAGGUCAGGACAGGACUAUUUUUUUUUUGUAUCAUAGACACUUUGGAUUCUAAAUUGGUUUUUAUUAAAGCUCACUUUCAAUUUGUUGACAAUGACAUAGGUUUUGUGUAUGUUGUUUUCUGCAUCCUGCUGAGUUUUGGCAGCCAAAAGUAUCAUAUAAUGUGAGCGUUGUUUGUGCUGUUUCUGUAGCUACUGCGCUGACACUUACCCCUUUGCAUCGUUUUCAGGCGUUAAAAAGUGAAGUAUACAAAUGUCAGUCUUGUCGUUGACGGUCUUGUUUGCUUUUGUGUAUCAUGAAAAUGCAUCAGUAUGGAUUUCAUUCUAUUUCAUAAACAUAGAAAAACUUCUCACAGGAGCUUUAAUUUGUGUUUUAAUCUGUGAAGCUGUUGGGUUGAUUUUAAAGGUCAUACUGUAAUUUUUGCUCAUAAUUAAGUCAUUUAACCUCAUGUUUUGUUCAUACGUGUUUCUUUCUCUGGUGUACAAUGUAGAUGAACUUGUCCAGUGAUUGCUGCUGUGCCCAAAUGAUAAAAAUAGAUUUUUGUCCCACUUGUAAUCCAACAGAUGGAGGCACAUCAACAUCCAGAUCAGCUGGAACUCCUCGUCAAGGCAACGACUCCAGCAAGAUCCAUCCUCACAGAGAAGGUCAGAGACAGACAGGAUGUAAAACUGACUGAGCUGAAGUUUUCUCUUACUCUCAUAAAUUACAAACUGAGUGUAAAAUGACCAAAACAAACAUCUCUCUGCAGGUCUUUCUCCCAGGAACAGCCUGGAGGUUUUGACUCCAGAGAUCCCCGGAGAGAGGGACCGAGGGAACUGCAUCACCUCCCUGCAGCUCCACCCCAAAGGCUGGGCCACACUCAUCAGAUGCUCCAGCAACAUGGACGACCAGGAGGUCAGACGCACCUGUUAUUUCCAAAAACCACACGAAUUUAGUCAGUUAGAUGAGUUAGAUUUAGAGCUAAGUUUGGUUAAAUUUAUCAUUUUAUUGCAACCUAAACAAGCCCCCAAAUAGCCUUGCCUUUUUUGAUAUCAGCUCAGUACUUUGCCCUAAGUAUCCAAUAAGAAAACUAUGACCACAAAUACUGUAAAACCCAAUACUCUGUACAUUUAUCCCAGCACCUCCUGAGAGUCUUCUUAGUUUGAAACAUAACGACUGUUGUCCAUAGCAACUUCUUCUCCUCCAACUUGUGUUAUACCUCAUACUACGUGUCGUGAAAUUCUCAUCUUGUUGCAGUACUGGCAUCUGCACUAAAUAUGGAGACAAUUACGUAAACCUCAUAAUUGCACAUUGAGGCAUUUAUCUGUCAGCCAUAUGCAUUUUAAAUAUUAUUGCUUUCAUGACAAGGUUUGACACAGGCAUCUUAAAUACUUUUGUCUUGUGUAAAAUAGCAUGUAGAUAUGGAAUUUCAUUCACAGCUGGACUCGUACAUAAACAGCUUUAGUCUCAUGCUGCUCUGCUCAGAAAUCUCCUCACUCUUUUGUUUUGCAAACGAGCCGUAUCUCCUGAUAGCAAAAUAUGAUAGAGGAGGAUUUUAUGCGCAGAGCUGCAAUGCAAAGUGGUUGAUAAAGUGUGGAAGGAAAGCAGGGCUGCAAUGGAUCCAUGUUCAUGCAGUACAAAAAAUUAGUUGGGCACAUUUUUGGUUCACUAAGAGGAGCAAAUGCAACUUAUACGAUUUCUUUGCUCUUAGGAGGAACUUUAAGAAAUGUCUCACAAAAAAGGAAACGAAAAUAAAAAUUUUGAAGCAGGUAGAACAAGCUGUCGUGCAUAUCUACAAACAUACAAAUGUGUUAAUGGGCUACACCACCAGCUACCAUGCACAGCUAACCACAUUUGACACCUGCUACUCUGCUGAAAAUCGGUCUCUGGUGUCAAGACUCAAAAAUGGGGCAGCGGGUGAAGGCUCAGACAAGUUUUGUUUUCAGCUGCCUGGUAGGAGGUUUGAUUUGUAUUUUUUUCCCACGCUUCUACGCUGAAUUAUUAAGAGCACUCUCCCUCCAUUCGGUCCGUGCAUGUGCGAUGAAGAGUAAGUGAAGGACUGGAACAGAGCAAAAUAUCUGUGCAAACCUUUAAAGCCUCAUAAACCUGAUAACUGUUCCUGUCAACGCUGAUCAAAUGUACACAUAAACUUGCUUAAAGUCGUGUGGAGAUCGAGAUACUAAUGUCUACUUUACCCACCUCUCAUUACAAGUCGAGAUCCAGUAACUGUUGGUCAAUAAAUUCAGACCCUGACUUUCUGUCUUUCUGUCUCUUCAGUGGACGUGUGUGUAUGAGUUCCAGGAGGGAGCGCCAACCCGCCCGCUCGUCUCCCCCCGCUGCUCCCUCCGCCUCACCCACUAUAUCGAGGAAGCCAACGUGGGCCGGGGCUACAUCAAAGAGUUGUGUUUCAGCCCGGACGGACGACUCAUCUGCUCCCCGUACGGCUACGGCGUGCGCCUGCUGGCUUUCGAUGAGAGCUGCGGAGAGCUGGCCGACUGCAUGCCCGUCCAGACCAGCUGCCUCAGAGAGAUCCGCUCCAUCUACUCGCACAGUGACGUGGUGCUCACCACCAAGUUCUCCCCCACACACUGCCAGCUGGCCUCGGGCUGCCUCAGCGGGCGAGUCGCCCUCUAUCAGCCCAAGUUUUAGAAAACCACAGAACGAUGCACUGCAGAGCUGGGUGAAGGAGUUCAGUCAGGGUCCCUGCACGGGUGGAUUUUAACUCUCCUUUUAUCUAAUAUGAUUUUUGUUAUGGAAGUCUAAGUCUACAGUGCCCUGCUUCAGUAUUCACCACCCACUGCUACAACCUUGAAUCCAAAUAAAACAAUCUGGACUUUUUAAUCACCCGUUUUAAACAAACGCAGUCCAAAUUUUUGGGGCACACAAGUAUUCACCUGAGGGCGAUUGGUUGCACCUUAUCUUUGUAGGGAUUUUGCACUGCAAAGUAUUAAAGCUUGCAUAUUUUAAUUUGUAAAUAGUUUCCCCUACUACUCACAAUAAUGGGCUGUUUGUUGUUUUGGUGUAUUAAAACCAACCCCGAGUUUAAACUGCAGUUGUAGCAUGCUAAAAAGUGUAAAGUUUCAAUAGAGUUCAGUGUUUAAGAAAGGCAAUCUACAAGCUAGUAUGCCCCCCCUUGGUUUUGAUUGGUCUAAAUUAUAUGAAAGUUAAAUUUUUUUAGAACUUAAGAGUCCCAAAAAUCUCCCAGCAUUUGUUUUAAAGUGCUUGGAUGGACCAAAGAUUACGGAAUUUACCGAAUCAAAUUAUUUGGUGACCAGUAUGGUUGGAUUACUGAGAUUUUUUGAACUCUCUAACAGACAAUCUGUGCAGAAAACUCCACCUAUCUGGCAUCUUAAAGGAACCCUAGAAAUCUUUAAAGUACUUCUUCACCCAGGCCUGCAGCUGUGAAUCAGACUGAAGUUUUGGAUGUCAGGAUGGCAAUCUUCAACUGACAGGCACAAGCUGAGAAGGAAAAAGACAACUUGCGCUGUGGCCCAUUAAGCAGCCCUACAGCAAUGGAAAAAAACAGAAACACUUUGAAACAGCAAGACUGAGGAAACUAGACUUCUAUCCAAGCUGAGGAGAGGAUUAAAUCCCAAACUACAGCUCGGCAUUGAUGAAAAAGAAACUUUGCAGUUCAUCUGUGUCUUUUUUUCAUACUAAAAAAGGAUUUUGUCAACUUUGACUCAUAAUGAGACUUAGCACCUGGUUGCUGUCUCUAGACAAAAACAUUAAGGAUGCAAACAAACAGAUUGACAGAUAUAACUCCAUCCAUCCUCUUUAACUCCACAGGAUAAAGAAAAACUUGUGUCAGUCGUCUGCGCUGUCGUCGUCCGUUGACUCGGAGUCCUCUGUUGCGGUUCGUAUCGCUCUCAGCUGCUCCGCUCUGCUCAUGCCUUCUCCACAGGUGCUGCUUCUUCUUCUGCUUAAACAAUCUGAACUUUGACCCCCCUCAGCUCAAACCUCCAGGACCUCAUUGCCAACGCCUUUUCCCUUUCACCCACACUGUCAGUUUUCCACUCCCACCCUGUUUCCACCUUCAUGGUCUUGUGGUUUAGGUUUUUAGUGGUUUUACUGGAGUAUUUAUGAUGGCACGGUGUUUGCAAUCAUUGAGGCAGCUUAUGGUCAGAUUACAGUUUUCAUUUCCCUUUACAGUUUGUGUGUUUUUUUCAUCUAAACCUAAAUGCUGUCUGGAAAAUAAGAAGUCAAGGAUCUGUGAAUAUCCUGGUUUUAAAAAAGUUUCUGUACAAACCUUUGUUACAAGAUACUUCUUCAAAAUCAACACUUCCUGAAGGAAAAGGCUGUCAAUUCUGUAUAUUGAUUUCUUGUGAUUUAUAAAGUGCGCAACAUCUCCAACUGACCUAAAAUUUCUUCUUUAUAACCAUUACAUUCUGCAUAAAUCUUUAUAAAUGCAUCCCGGUGGGGUGCAAUAAGGUGACCUCUGAAGAUUGUAGCAAAAUAGUGACGUUACAAGGGACUACUUCCAGCUGCGCAGUAAUAAUAAGUUUAUUUUCUGUUAUAUGUUUCAUAAAUUAUUUGUUUUUUAAUAGUUUUUGACCAUGAUUCAGCCUUAAUGCACAGAAAAGUUAAUAAAUAGUUUUUUGAAUGCACACUAAGCUCAUGAGAGGAAAAAAAUCCCUUUUUGUUUGGACUUUUCCUUGGAUCUGUUGACUGAAAGACAAAUAUACAAUACUGCCAGCCUAAUCUUUUGUAUAGGUAUCUCAUUAAUUCUUUGUUCCUGUCAGUAAAGUUGCCUCAGCAUCUUCAGGUUAACCUUUAUGGGCUGAAAUUGUCUGCAACCAACACUUAAAUGGGUUUUUCAACCUUGUAUCUUGUUCUGUCGGAGUCUGAUAACCCUGCCGAUCCUCAUCAGUGUUUGAUUUCCUCCCCUCACAAACAUUUUUUUUUCCUUCUCACAAUGUUGUCAUAAAGGUGAGCUAUCAGGUUCUUUCCUCUAGAAGGAGCAAAAUUAGUGCUUUGACUGUUUCAGUGUGGACAAUGCUUCUGUGUUUUUAACCAGUGUAGUAUAGCUUCUAUAGGAGACAAGCACAUGUGUGAAUGAUUAAUGUAAGCAGAUAGAUACAGUACUGACUACAGAAUAGAUUUUAGGUAAACAUAUGAUUCAAAUAGCAUAUACUACUAUGCAUACAAGCCUUUAAGAAGAUUCCCCCUUUCUUAUUUAUGUAUGUGUGGGUGAUGAUGUUCUGUGUGAAGCUAUCAGAUGCCAAAAUAUCUUAAGUGAAUUGUGAGCUGAGGAUUUUGAGACUUAGGAAACCUGCAAAACAUAUUUGAAAAGUGUUGCUAAAGCUUUUUUAAGAACAUAUAAGGGGAAAGAAAGAAGCUAAUUUGUUUUGCUUUCUUGGCAGAGGUAAGACGAGUAAAAACCGCAUACUUGCUCUAUGAAUAUGCAUUGAUGUCACAGGUAGCAGCUGGUUAGCAAAGAUUGGUUUUUCACAAAGCUCUACUUUUAUUUAAGCCACAAAUCCCUGAUGUCUGCCCACCAGGACCUAUACAACUCUUGCUAAUCUUAUUUAUCAUUUUUGAUAUUCAUAUAAAGUGUGUAAAAACAAGGGCCCUAAACCGAGAAACCGCCGUCUAUCGUAGAUUGCGGACCAGUCUAUUUCCUGGCCGGGACCAGAUACUUCUUGAAUCUCAUCAGGUUGCUUAGAAACAUAUCUGAGCAAAUUCGUCUUUGAAAUCUAGGUUUUGUACCGAGUAAACAACACAGCAAUUAAUUUUCAUUGAUUUAACUCUAACAGUAUUUAUGUAUUGGUUUUGGUGCUGUUAAACUCGAGUCAAAGUAUCUCCUAUCCCAUUUUCCUCUUCGUGCGUAACUAGCUAACCAAGCAGGUGUUAGCAGGUGGCGUCGUCUUACCAAACGCGACUUUUGGAGGUCAAAUUGCUUGUUACGUGAUAAAAAAUAAUAAUAAUUUAAGGUGAAAACAUGAAAUUGUGAUUAUUUAAUAUGUUCAGCUCGCACAACAUGACCCUGUAUGUACUGAGAAAGGAUUCUUUUAACCACUUUGUACCUCAGUCAACUUCUCAAAUAUGGCUAUUUUACUAAUGGGGUCUAUUUCACUUUCAGCUCAAACGAUUCAUGGACUGUCCUCCAUUGGAAUAACUAUUCCCGUAACUCCCCUUUUAAACAGUAGAUUUUGUUUUGACAUUUCUUUCAAUUGAAUGAGCUGAAAGUUAAAAGAUCUGAAUGCUGUACAUUCAAUGCUGCUUUUAUUUCACAUAUAACUGCAGAAGAAAAGUGUCUUAUCUCAUUUUCAUUUCAGGUUUAGCAACAACAAAAACCAGGCUCAUUUUUAUGAAUUACUUUUUUUCUGUUUGAGACACUCCUGUUCUUGGAUUUAACUUGUAUUCUGUUACUUGUGGAUUAAUAAAUUGAAUGUUCUCAAUA